CCCGGCACCGACAUGGAUCCACCCGCUCGCAGCUGCGGGCAUGGGUCUGCCUGCGACUCCAGCUUCAUCGCAGCGCGUCACGACGCGGUCAGCUACCCGACGCACCGUGAUACGCCUCGCAGCAGCACCCGCCCGGACCCCAGGCGCUGCCGUCCCGUCGAUCGCACUGCCGCAAUGGCGCCCCCGCCCAAGGAAGAACUCGAGAAAGCGCUCGUCGCCGGCACGCACCGCGUCUUCACCGCGGACCCAGAUGCGACCACGGUCAACAAGGUCCGCCACCACGUCGAGGAGCAGCUCGGCCUCGGGGAGGGCUUCUUUGCCAGCGACGAGUGGAAGCAACGGAGCAAGGCGCUCAUCAAGGAAUGCGUUGGCAAGCUGCUUGAUGGGUGGGUGCCGGAGACGGACAAGGACAAGGAGCCAAGCAAGCCAAAGAAUGGCGCCAAGCGACAGUCGCAGGCGCCCCGGGAACACGACAACAAGCGCCAGAGACGCGCCUCGCAACCGAAGCCGGCCGAGGGCGGCCACGAGAGGGACCACGACGAGCCAAAGCAUGCGCCCAAGCCUGCGCCGCGGCGCAAAGCCAAAGCCGCCGCGUCGGACGAGGAUGACGACCUGAGCAGUCCGCCGGAAGAAGAGAGCGAGAGCAAGGACCAUGCCGGGCGCGACAAGGAAGCCUCGGGGCGAAGCAGCGCCAACGCGGCCGCGCCAAAGGACGAGUCGGACGACGCCGAGUCGUCCAUCAACGUCGAGGAAGCCAAGCCCUCCGUAGCUGAGGAGGAGGAAUACUCAGACGUGAUUGACGAGCGGCCGCGGCCGCCGAAACGCAAAAAAAAGGACCACAAAGAGGCGCCGCCGCGGCCCAGAGCGGCGACGAAAAAGUCUGCCGCCGCCAAGGCAUCGUCGCCCGACGACCCCGACGACGCGGAAAUCAAGAAGCUCCAAGGACAGCUGGUCAAGUGCGGGGUGCGCAAGCUCUGGCACAACGAGCUCAAAAAGUACGGCGACGACGCGCGCGCCAAGAUCCGGCACCUCAAGCGGAUGCUCGCCGACUUGGGCAUGGACGGGCGCUUCUCCGAGGCCAAGGCGCGGGAGAUUCGGGAGACGCGGGAGCUCAUGGCCGAGGCCGAGGCGGCGCAGGAGAUGAACCGGCUGUGGGGCAUGGGCGGCGGCGGGCGGGCGAGCCGGAGCAAGAGCAAGUCGACCAAGCUGGAGGAGACGCCAGAGAGCGACGGCGGUGGCGGGGGCGGCGGAGACGGGGGCGACGAAGAGGAUGACGAAGAGGACGACGAUGAGCGGGACACGUUUGCUGCGAGGAGACGGCGGGCGCAGGCGGACCUGGCGUUUUUGGGCGACGACAGCGACUCCGACUGACGCGACGGCGACGAGGACAACGACGACGAGCGGGACACAUUUGCUGCGAGGAGACGGCGGGCGCAGGCGGACCUGGCGUUUUGGGCAAUGGCAGCGACUCCGGCUAAUGCGACGGACGCGGGUGGGCGUCGAGGUGCCGUCAAUGCACGGUGUACGGAUGCUGGCGAUAUCUGGCGAGGCGUUGGACGGGGCACCAUGGAAGUUGGAGUCGGUGAAGCUGCAGCUUAAUACAGUCUCGACAUGUGCUGCAUAUGACCUCUACCCACCCGGCCGGCGAGCCUCGCGGCGAAAUGUCGAUGCGCGCCGCAUGCCGCAUACUGCAUGCUGCAUCUGCAUUCGAAAUGAUCCUAUCCUAUUUUCCUGACCGCACGACAGUCAUCCAGCGGUCACUCCACCCACGCCCGGUACACGAUCCUGGCGCCGUACGUCUCGCCCUUCUUCAGCACCGUCAUGCCGCGCCACUCGGGCACGUUGACGGCGUUGACGAAGCGGCCCGGCUCGCAGCAAAAGGCGCUCCGCGGGCCGCGGGCGGGCGCGCCGUCGACGGCCGGCACGUCGGUGAAGUCGCCCGUGUAGAACUGGAACGAGGGCUCGGUGCUGAGGACCUCGAGGUGGAUGCCCGUCCCGGGGUGGUGCGCCGCGAGGUUGAGGGCGAGGGGGCGGGCGCGCGUGUCGAUGGGCACGGCCGCCGGGUCGGUCCCCGGCAGGGCGAAGCAGUAGUCGAACCGGGGCUCCGUGGCGCCGAGGGCAAACGGCGCGGUGGUGUCGACGGACGGGUACGGGACGGGCGCGCCGGUGGGGAUGGAGGUGGCGUCGACGGGGAGGUGGUCGCGCGCGCCGAGCGUGACGACGGUGCCGUCAAUGGUCGCCGCGCCCUCGCCGCCGGUGCCUGAGAGGUUAAAGUAGGAGUGGUUGGUCAUGUUGACGACGGUCUCCUCAGCGCCGCCAACAAGGCGGGCCUCGUACUCGAUGCCCAGCACCGUAGCCGUCUUGCCCUCCACCACCUGCGUGCCCGCCGUGUACGUCACGGUCGCCUCCACAUCGCCGGGGAAGCCCUCGUCGCCGUCGUCGCUCCGCAGCGAAAAGACGACGGUCUCGCCGCCCUCGACGCCCUCGACGCCGGGGACGCGCCGCACGCCGACGGGCACGGGGCCGUCCCACACGCGCUUGCCCCAGCCGACGACGCCGCCGUGCAGGCAGUUGGGGCCGUUGUUGGCGGCGAGGGCGCGCGGGCGGCCGUCGAGGUCGUCGAUGCGCGCGCCGCGGAUGCGGUUGGCGACGCGCCCGAUGGUCUCGCCAAAGUAGGGCGUGUUGUGCCGCGCGUACUGCUCCUGCGUGGGGAAGCCCUGCACGAUGUCGACGCCGUUGACCUUGAAGGACUGGAUGAUGGCCCCGAGGGGGAGGAGCUGGACGGGGGCGUCGUCGCUCAUUGUAGAUGGAUGUGCCUCAAUGCCGACUCUGCUCUGUCAAUACCAACCAACGCUGCGAUUUCAGUCGUUUCCGGACGGUGGUGCAUCUUUUGCCACGUCGUGAGCCGACAUCGUCGAGGUGCGCUGGCGGGGUAUUUAAUGCACGUCACUGCACCCAAGCUCCAUCCCUGCUGGUGAGAUCGGACUCCUUUAUUAGCCUGUUGUCGGUGGACGUCGCAGCUGCACGUCCCCGUCGUCUGGUGGCGGACCUGGCAUUGGAGCGCUUGCGUGUCGAGAGGGGAACGUGGGGACGAAAUCAGGCGCCGGUGUGGCGGCUUCAGAGAAAUGCACAAACCGUGCCGGACGCACAGUCGAUUGCAGCUCACGACCAUCGGUUGCUGCACGCAUGGCGCAACGCACGGAGCGCACUAACAUGCGGUGCAAUCGACGUGCGGUGCAAUUGAAGUGUCGGCGGCAACGGCUGGGCAGCUAUGCGAGUUAUACUGUAAUGUUAAAAUUCAUACUGUAACUUUACUGACUUUUUAUUUACUAC